AUGGCCGCCGAGUAUCCUCCUCCUGAGAGCAUCCCGCCGUACGCCGGCGGUCCGCCGCCGACAGAUUACGCGCCGCCGCCAGCCUACCCACCGACGGGCGCAAACCCUCCUCCGCCUGCGGGCUACGCAGACGUUGAGGCGGGCGGCGGCGCGGGCAAGCCGCCCGCCGCAACUGGCGGCGGCUCGGGAGGGUCGUCGAGGAUGUCGACGUUCAUCGGCAUCGGGCUGCGCGUCGCCGAGCUGCUCCUCUGCAUGAUCUCCUUCUCCCUGCUCGUGUCGACCAAGUACGACUACACCAAGCUCAGCGCGGGCGCGUUCCUCCUCGCCAUGACGAUCAUCGGGUUCAUCCUCGCCUUCUUCCUCCUCGUGCUCCUCGUCGCGUCGCUCUUCGUCUCCGCGCUCCGCCCCUUUCAGGGAAAGCUGCGCCUCUUCCAAGUCGUCGAGUGCUGGCUGCUCUCGCUGCUCCUCUUCGCGGCGGCGUGCACGGCGGGCGCGCAGGCGUCGGGCUGCGUCAACACGCCAGGAGGCACCUAUUUUGGCUACAGCAUUCCCGGUAACAAUGACUGCGGGCUGAUCAAGGGAUCUGUUGCUAUGGCCUUCCUUGCCGCCUUUACCUACAUUGGCGGAUUCUGGUACUACGCACUCUUGUCAUAUUAUAGGCGAUAA